GGUUCUGCCAGCAAGCGGCCGGUCGAGAAAUGGAGGUCUAGCCAAUAAAUUAUGCUAAAGACACCUCGACGGAUCUAAGUGGUCGGCAGGUCGCGAAGCGAGAAGCCUAAACUAAAGAGCCGCUUCUUUCAAAUCCCGGAAGAGGAAUCAGUACCAUCCUUAGCCCCGUUCCUCUUUCCUUAAAUUGGCCCAAGUCAUCUGCCCUCUUAUUGCUCGUCUUUUCUUUCCUUUCCACCUUUUCGUCCGCAGCGAUCAGAGAUUAAGAAGAUGAGUGAAGAACAUCAUCUGGGUGAAAGUGGAGCCUCCUCUGGCCGCCCAACCCCUCGACUCAAUGAGAGGAUCCUUUCAUCUUUGUCAAGGAGAUCUGUUGCCGCCCAUCCAUGGCAUGAUCUUGAGAUUGGACCUGGGGCCCCAUCUAUUUUCAACUGUGUGGUGGAGAUUCCUAGGGGAAGCAAGGUGAAAUACGAACUAGACAAGAAAACAGGUUUGAUAAAGGUUGAUCGAGUAUUGUACUCCUCAGUGGUCUAUCCUCAUAACUAUGGCUUCAUACCGCGUACUUUGUGUGAAGACAACGAUCCCAUGGAUGUCUUGGUGCUUAUGCAGGAACCAGUUCUUCCUGGGUGUUUCCUGAGAGCAAAAGCAAUUGGACUGAUGCCCAUGAUAGAUCAGGGAGAGAAGGACUCCAAGAUUAUUGCAGUUUGCGCAGACGAUCCGGAAUAUCGAGAUUUCAGUGACAUCAAAGAACUACCACCUCAUCGUCUCGCUGAGAUCCGGCGCUUCUUUGAAGACUACAAGAAGAACGAGAACAAAAUGGUUGAAGUAGAUGAAUUCCUGCCAGCAUCCGCUGCCCUCGAUGCUAUUCAGUACUCAAUGGAUCUUUAUGCGACGUACAUAUUGCAAAGCCUGAGGAGAUAGGCGUCAUGGUUGCCCCGCAUUCUUAUGACAAUAAAUCUUUUGUUUCGGGGGAUAGAGUUUACCCAUUUGGAUGGAUUUUUGUUUGAAUUUUGAUCACUUUUUUCCCUCUGUAUUUUCUUGGCCAUGCCAGCAACUUUUAUUUGAUAAGUAUUUCUCUA